AUGGAGGCAGAUGACACUUCAAAAGCUGAAGACAGAGUCAAGGAUCCAGGUUCCAAAAAUGAAGACCAGCCUGAUGUUGCUCAGUCUGACUGCCAACCUGUAAUGCAGCCCCUCAGCCCCACAGCUCUCUGGGAGGGGCUAGAAAGGAAGUUUCUGGAACAUCAACAGUUGGAUCACAGGAGCCCCGCUGAACAUCAGAAGAGCCUGUUGGGUCUGCUGCCACUCUUUCUAAAGGCCUGGGAACACUCCGUGGGGAUCAUCUGUUUUCCCAGCCUCCAAAACCUGGCAGAGGAUGUUUCCAAGCAGCUUGUUCAAGAAAUUCAGAAGGCCCUUUUGGGAAAGCCUGCAGAGCAAGCGAGGGCAGCGGCUGGGCAGUUGCUGCACUGGAAGGGUGAUGCGGACCAGGAUGGCUACCUGCUCCUGAAAUCAGUGUACGUGCUCACAGGGACAGACUCGGAUACACUGGGCACAGUGGCUGAGUCUGGGCUCCCAGCCCUGCUCCUACAGUGCCUUUACCUCUUCUUUGUCUUUCCUCUGGAAAAGGGGGAUAUCUUUGAGAGUGAUGUUCAAAUUCAGAAGAUGUUUGUGCAGAUGCUGUUGAACAUCUGCAGCGAGUCUCAGGGGCUGGAGGGGCUUCUCUCGGGAAAUGAGCUCCAGUCUCUAGUGAUUGCCACCACCUGUCUUCGGGAGCACAGCUGCUGCUUUUGGAAGGAGCCCACCUUCUGUGUGCUGAGGGCCAUUUCCAAGGCCCAGAACCCUGCCAUCAUCCAGUACCUGCAAGCUAUGGACUGCAUCAAGAUCUCCCUCCAGAACCUCUCCAGGCUUGCAGAUACUCUCCCUGCUCCUGAGGUGAGUGAGGCUGUGAACCUCAUCUUGGCCUUUGUGAAGGACUCCUAUCCAGUCUCCUCGGCUCUGCUCCUGGAAUUUGAGAACGGAGAAGGCUAUCCUCUGUUGCUCAAAGUGUUACUUCGAUAUGAGGAGCAGAGUCAGAGCGAAGUGGAUCUCCACCUGGAGGAGCUCCUGGAGUCGGUGGUGUGGCUGACGACCUGUGGCAAGUCAGAGCUGAAGGUGUUUGACAGCAUCAUUUACCCUCAGCUGGAAGGCUUCAAGUUCCAUCACGAGGCUUCUGGGGUGACUGUGAAGAAUCUUCAGGCCUUCCAAGUCCUGCAGAAUGUUUUCCACAGAGCCAGCAACUCUGUCCUCUGCACGAAAGUCCUGCUGGCCAUCAGAACCAUGUGGUCCUGGAACCCACGCAACUUCUUCCUGCUGGAGUGGACGCUGCAGCCCAUCUCCCAGUUUGUGGACAUUGUGCCCCUGAAGCUCAUGCCAGUGCAGCUGCACUUCUUCAAGUUGCUGGAGUUCCUGGUGUUUGAGCUUCAUUAUGUACCUCAUGAGGUCUUGCGGAAGGUGCAACAUCUGAUCAAGGAGAGUCCCGAGUCACCAUGCACCCUUGUAGCCCUGCAGAGUAUCCUCAGGAUCUCCAGUGUGGACCUGCUCUUCACCGACAUUUUUCGGGACUCAGGACUCCUGGGUCUGCUGCUGGCCCAACUGCGGAAGCAGGCCAAGAUCCUGAGGAAGUCAGGAAACAAAGAGUCUACACCUGGCAUUCAACAUCCAGAAAAGGAACUGACUUGUGUGAUGCUAAGAACUGUGGACACACUUCUGAAGGGCUCAGUGAGGAAUGCGGUUGUCCUGAAAGACCACGGUAUGGUGCCCUUUAUCAAGAUCUUUCUGGAUGACGAGAGCUACCGGGCCCCGUCGCUCAGCAUUCUGGAACAGCUGUCAGCCAUCAAUGCAGAGGAGUACAUGAGCAUCGUCGUGGGUGCUUUGUGCUCGUCCACCCAAGGGGAGCUGCAGCUGAAACUGGAUCUCCUGAAGUCUCUACUCCGGAUCCUGGAGACCCCCAAAGGUCGUGCUGCCUUCAGAGUGUCCAGUGGGUUCAAUGGGCUGCUGUCUCUGCUCUCUGACCUGGAGGGGUCUCUCCGGGAGCCCCCGAUGCCAACCUGGGGGCCUGUAGCCCCCAGGCAGACCCUGGACCUGAUCCUGCACACCCUCUGUGUUGUGGCGGCAGCCCUGCAUCUGGACCCUGUCAAUGGUGACUUCUUCAGGAGGAACGGGCUCUUUGAGAAGCUGGCUGAGGACCUCUGCCUGCUGGGCUGUUUUGGGGCUCUGGAGGAAGAGGACACCCCUCUGCACACUUGGGUGGACACAAAAGCCAGGCCAUUGACUGAUUUUCUGAAUGUGGCCUUUUCCUCUGCCAGCCCUCUCCCUCCCAAGAUACAGAGCUGCCUGCAGAUCAUCGGCUUCCUGGACAGCAUGGCCAGAGGCACCCUUCACCUGCGCGUGAACCUGAAGGAGUCCCUGUGGGCUGGGUGCCUGUCAGGUGUCAAUGCCCGGAAGCGGGAAACUGGCAGCGACUCCCAAGGACUCUUCAAGCAGUGGCCAGACCUGGAGGAGAGGAUGGAGGAAGGUGACUCUGUGAUCAUGCACCCCGGGGUCCUGUGCAUCAUGGUGAGAUUGCUGCCGCGGUUGUACCAUGAAGAUCACCCCCAGCUUUCCAAGGAGAUCCAGUGCUCCCUGACAAGUCACAUCCAGUCCCUGGUGAAAUCAGAGAAGAACCGCCAGGUGAUGUGCGAGGCGGGGAUGCUCAGGACGCUCAUGACCUCCUGCCGCAAGGCCCUGACCAGCAGCAGCAGCCCCCUGCACUCAGGCCUCAUCAGGAUUUUCGAAAAGCUGGCUUCCCAGGCCAUCGAACCAGAUGUGUUAAGACAAUUUCUAGGUCUUGGAAUCCCACCACCUCCAUCAGCUGCAGUGAAAACACUCACUUCAUCUUAUGUGCCCAGACGGGACUCUGGAUGCUCAGGGUCACAGGCGGUGGCAGCAGAGGUCGCUGAAGGUCCAGUGGGAGCCACCCCAGAUGCUAGCCCCUGCCCUGCAGCCAUGCAGGCCCUCAGACCCUCUGGGGAGAAGCCGGGCUCCACCACUGCCCUGCAGACAGCACUGAGUCUCAUCUCCAUGACCUCUCCGCGCAACCUACAGCCGCAGAAGGCGGCCCUGGCUCCGUCGUUUGUGGAAUUUGAUAUGUCCGUGGAAGGUUAUGGCUGUUUGUUUAUCCCGACCUUGUCUACAGUUAUGGGAACCAGCACUGAAUACUCUGUCUCUGGAGGGACUGGGACAGGUGCUGCCAGGUCAUUCCCUCCACCAGGGGGCCUCACCUUCUCCUGCUGGUUCCUGAUCGGCAGGCAUAGCAGGGUCCCUGAGGGCCACCCACUGUACUUCUUCACCCUGGUGCGCCACCUGGCCAGGACCGAGCAGCCCUUUGUCUGCUUCUCCAUCAGCCUCUGCCCGGAAGACCUCUCCUUGGUUGUGUCUACAGAAGAGAAAGAGUUUCAGUCCCUAGAUGUCAUGGAACCUGAAGAUGCCUCUGAGCCUUCUGCAGGACGGCAGCUUCGGGUCAGAUGUGGCCCGCUGUUGGCUUGUGGUCAGUGGCAUCACCUGGCUGUGGUUGUCACUAAGGAAAUGAAAAGGAAUUGUACCAUUUCCACCUACCUGGAUGGACAGGUCAUUGGCUCAGCCAAGAUGUUGUACAUUCAGGCAUUACCAGGACCUUUCCUUUCAAUGGAUCCUUCUUCAUUUGUGGAUGUUUAUGGAUAUAUUGCUACCCCUCGAGUUUGGAAGCAGAAGUCAUCAUUAGUGUGGCGUCUUGGCCCUACAUACCUCUUUGAAGAGGCCAUAUCAAUGGAAACUCUGGAAGUUAUGAACAAACUUGGCCCAAGAUACUGUGGUAACUUCCAAGCUGUGCAUACCCAAGGAGAGGACUCUGGUGUGGAAGCAACAUCCCUGGUUGCAGAAGAAAAGCUUUCCUUUGGCCUUCACAUAGCCAGCUCGUCCAUCACCAGUGUUGCUGACAUCAGAAACACUUAUAAUGAGGUGGACAGCCGCUUGAUUGCCAAAGAGAUGAAUAUUUCAUCUCGUGACAAUGCCACACCUGUGUUCUUGCUAAGGAAUUGUGCUGGGCAUCUCUUGGGUCCUCUGCGAACCAUUGGCGCUGUGGCUGUUGGCCAAUUAGGGGUAAGAGUGUUCCACUCCAGCCCCGCUGCCAGCAGCCUGGACUUCAUUGGCGGGCCCGCCAUCCUCCUGGGUCUCAUUUCCUUAGCAACAGAUGACCACACCAUGUACGCAGCCGUGAAAGUCCUGCACUCGGUCCUGACCAGCAAUCCCAUGUGUGACCGCCUGAUGAGGCACAUCUCUGGAUACCAGAUAAUGGCAUUUCUCCUGAGGAAGAAGACCUCUCUCCUAAACAAUCGGACUUUUCAGCUGAUCCUCUCCAUUGCUGGCACUGCAGAGCUGGGUUUUGGGUCACCUACUACCAUUAACCUUGGUGUCUUCCAGCAUAUCCUCUGCAAUUUUGAGCUCUGGAUGAACACUGCAGACAACCUGGAGCUCUCUCUCUUUUCCCAUCUCACGGAAAUCCUUCGAUCACCAAGGGAAGGACCCCGGAAUGCUAAGUUUGCUCAUCAGGCAUGGCUUAUACCCAAGCUUGUGUUCCUCUUCAAUGAGCCAGGUCUCACACCCACCAAGAUCCCCACCGUCAUUGCCAUCCUGGGUUAUCAGCUAAAGGGCCAUUUCAGCAUCCGGGACUUUCUCAGAAUCGGACUGUUUGUUGUGUACACUCUCAAACCUUCAUCAGUGAACGAGAGGCAGAUCUGCGUGGACGAAGUCCCAGACCCUUCACUGCAAGCUGGAAGCCAAACAUCUGGAAAGACAAUCUGGCUCAGAAACAAGUUACUAGAGAUGAUGCUUAGUGUAAUAUCUUCCUCCCAACUUCAUUUGUCCUCUGAGUCAAAGGAAGAGAUAUUCCUGAACCUGGGGCCGGAUUGGUUCCUGCUUCUUGUGCAAGGCCACCUGCACCCCAGCACCAUUGUACUGGGGCUGAAGCUGCUGCUGCACUUUUUGUCUAGCCCCUCCCUGCGAGGGCGAUUUAAAGACGGUUUGUCUACAGGAUGCUGGGUGGAACACAGCUCUGAGGGUGUAGACAUUGUGAUGGAUAACCUGAAGAGCCAACCUCCCACACCUGAACAGAGUCCCUGCCAGCUACCUGGGUUCCGUGUCUUGAACGACUUUCUGGCCCACCAUGUUCAUAUUCCAGACGUUUACCUCAUUGUGUCCACCUUCAUGCUGCAGACACCAUUCACAGAGUUGGUGGAUGGACCCAAGGAUAGCCUAGAUGCCAUGUUUCAGUGGCUCUUGCAGAAGCACCACAGGGAGGAAGUCCUCCGGCUUGGGCUGUGCACCGAAGGUGUCUUACUGCUCCUGGAAUUGCUGAAAGCCUCCAUGAGCCAGCCCUCCACAGGUUCCGAGGACCGUGCAUGGGAACAGACUUUCCCGGCCAGCGUGCUGCAGUUCUUGGGCCUGGUGCAUAGCACCUACCCACAGGACCCAGCCUGGCGGACCCCAGAGUUUCUCCAGACCUUGGCCGCAGUCACCUUCCCCUGGGAAAUCCACAAGGGAGUCAUGACUGAGUCCACCCAGAAUGCCAGCAGUGCUGGGGCUGAGGCCAAAGACAGCAGCACCGUGGAAAGUCUCCAGGCUCCUUCCAAGUCACAUCCCACCCGGAAGCAGCUGAGGGAGUUCACGCAGCUACUCUUGAAGGAGCUCUUGUUUUCCGCCCCCAGUCCCAAGCAGUGGUUACCACUGGAGGUGUUCCUGGAGGCUUCUCCAGGAAAUGCUACCAGCCAACAGAAACGAGACUUCCAGUCUGAGAUCCUGCUUUCCACAAUGGAGAUAUUUCAUGUGAUGAGUGGUGGUGAGAAGUCACUGCUCAGAGGCAGUCAAGAUCCCCAGCUAAACACAGAAGCUGCUGCUCUUCCUUCACUAGCAAACAUCUCCUUCUUUGCCCAGAAGCUGGUGGAGAAGCUGUACAGUGGGAUGUUCUCAGCAGACCCCAUACAUGUCCUUACCUUCAUAACAGAGCACAUCAUGGUGGUCAUUGAGAAUGCCUCCUUUCAAAGGGAUGCCAUCAUCGGUGCUUUAUACAGCAGUUUAAAUAAAGUCAUCCUUUAUUGCCUCUCCAAACCCCAGCAGUCACUCUCUGAGUGCCUUAGCCUUCUCAGCAUCCUGAGCUUCCUCCAGGAACACUGGGAUGUUAUCUUUGCCACCUAUAACUCCAACAUCAGCUUCCUGCUUUGUUUCAUGCAUUGUCUCUUGCUGCUCAAUUCAAGAAGCUAUCCAGAAGGAUUUGGAUUGGAUCCCAAGCCCAGAACGAGUCCUUAUUAUCAAGUCUUUCUUUUUCCAAAUGAAGAAGUAAGAGAAAAGACUGGGGAAGACUUCUCAAGUUUGAAUGAUGUCCAGCAUAGCAUCCAAAAGAAGGUGAGGACUCUCUGGCAGCAACUCAUAUCACAGAGGCGUCAGGAGCUGGAGGACAACUUCAAGAUUGAUCUUACUGUGAAACCUGGAGAAAGUGAAGUGAAAAUUGAAGAGGUCACGCCACUCUGGGAGGAGACGAUGCUCAAGUCCUGGCAACAUUACCUAGCAUCUGAGAAGAAGUCACUGGCUAGCCGCUCAAGUUCUGGACAUCAGAGCAAAGUCACUUUGUGGAGUGAAAGCCUGUCCUCAGCCAUGAGGCUGAUGAAUGGGCGGCAAGCCAAGGACCCUGAGUACAAGACAGAGGAUUUUGUGUCAUGUAUUGAAAACAACAGAAGGAGAGGACAGGAACUAUAUGCAUCUUUAUACAAAGAUCACGUACAGAGGCAGAGAUGUGGCAACAUCAAGGCAGCCAAUGCGUGGGCCCAUAUUCAGGAGCAGCUUUUUGGGGAGCUGGGCCUGUGGGGUCAGAAGACAGAAGCCCCACCCUGCUCCCAGUGGGAACUGGACUGGAGAGAAGGACCUGCUCGUAUGAAGAAACGCAUCAGGUGCUUGUCUCCCCUGGAGACCUCGAAUCCAAGAAGGUUCAAGGAAAGCCAAGACCUAAAUAGUGAUAUUUCUCAGACAAAGGCUGAAAAUCAAGAUGAACUGACACCAAAGGAAGCUGAGAGCAAUGUUGACGAAGUGGGUGUGGACUGUACCCAGCUGACCUUCUUCCCUGCUUUACAUGAAAGUCUGCAUUCUGAAGAUUUCUUGGAACUGUGUCGGGAAAGACAAGUAAUUUUACAAGAACUUCUUGAUCACGAAAAGGUGACGAAGAAGUACUCCCUGGUGAUUGUGCAGGGCCACCUGGUCUCUGAAGGGGUCCUGCUCUUUGGCAAGCAGCACUUCUACAUCUGCGAGAACUUCACCCUCUCUCCCAUAGGUGAUGUCUACUGCACCCACCACUGCUUAUCCAACAUCAGUGAUCCAUUCAUUUUCAGCAUGUGCAGCAAAGACAGAUCCUCUGACCAUUACUCGUGCCAGAGACACAGCUAUGGUGAUGUCAGGGAGCUCCAGCAGGCACGCUUCCUCCUGCAGGACAUUGCCCUGGAGAUCUUUUUCCGAAAUGGAUAUUCCAAGUUUCUUGUCUUCCACAAUGGUGAUCGAAAUAAGGCCUUCAAAAGCUUUUGCUCUUUCCAGUCCAACUUGAGAGGAAGAGGCGUCAUGGAGGACCCCCUCAAUCUAAGGAAACACCCGAGCUCCGAGAGGACCAUGCUGCACAGGUGGCAGAAAAGGGACAUCAGCAAUUUUGAGUAUCUCAUGCACCUCAACACCCUGGCUGGGAGAACCUACAAUGACUACAUGCAGUAUCCAGUGUUUCCCUGGGUCCUGGCUGACUACACCUCUCAGAUGCUGAACUUGACAAAUCCCAAGACUUUCCGGGAUCUUUCGAAGCCCAUGGGGGCCCAGACCAAGGAAAGGAAGCUGAAAUUUAUCCAGAGGUUUAAAGAAGUUGAGAAGACGGAAGGAGACAUGACCGUCCAGUGCCACUACUGCACGCAUUACUCCUCCGCCAUCAUUGUCGCCUCCUACCUGGUCCGGAUGCCACCCUUCACCCAGGCCUUCUGCUCUCUGCAGGGGGGCAGUUUUGAUGUGGCAGAUAGAAUGUUUCACAGCGUGAAAAACACAUGGGAGUCGGCCUCCAGAGAGAACAUGAGUGAUGUCAGAGAACUGACCCCGGAGUUCUUCUACCUGCCUGAGUUCUUAACAAACUGCAACGCCGUGGAGUUUGGCUGCAUGCAGGAUGGAACAGUGCUGGGGGAUGUCCAGCUCCCUCCCUGGGCUGAUGGGGACCCUCGGAAGUUCAUCAGCCUGCACAGACAGGCCUUGGAAAGUGACUUUGUCAGUGCCAACCUCCACCACUGGAUAGACCUCAUUUUUGGGUACAAGCAACAGGGGUCAGCCUCCGUGGAGGCUGUUAAUACCUUCCAUCCCUACUUCUAUGGUGACAAAAUGGACCUCAGCAGCGUCAGUGACCCCCUGAUCAGGAGCACGAUCCUGGGGUUUGUCAGCAACUUUGGACAGGUGCCCAAACAGCUCUUUACUAAGCCCCACCCAGCCAGGACCGCAGCAGGGAAGCCUUCCCCUGGAAAGGAUGUCUCCACACCUGCCAGCCUGCAGGGCCACCCACAGCCCUUCUUCUGCAACCUGCACUCGCUGAGGCCCUCCCAGGUCACAGUAAAAGAUAUGUACCUUUUUUCUCUAGGCUCAGAAUCUCCCAAAGGAGCCAUUGGCCACAUCGUCCCUACUGAAAAGACCAUCCUGGCUGUGGAGAGGAACAAGGUGCUGCUGCCUCCGCACUGGAACCGGACCCUCAGCUGGGGCUUUGAUGACUUCAGCUGCUGUCUGGGGAGCUACGGCUCUGACAAGAACCUGGUGACCUUCGAGAACCUGGCUGCUUGGGGCCGCUGUCUGUGUGCCGUGUGCCCAUCCCCCACGACGAUCGUCACCGCGGGAGCCAGCGCUGUGGUGUGUGUGUGGGAGCUCAGCGUGGCCAAAGGCCGCCCCAGAGACCUGCGCCUCAAGCAGGCCUUAUAUGGACACACACAGGCUGUCACAUGCUUGGCAGCAUCAGUCACUUUUAGCCUGCUGGUGAGUGGCUCCCAAGACUGCACCUGCAUCCUUUGGGACCUGGACUAUCUCACCCACGUGGUCCGCUUGCCUGUUCACCGCGAGGCCAUUUCUGCCAUCGCCGUUAGUGACAUUUCGGGAACCAUUGUUUCCUGUGCCGGAGCCCAUUUGUCCCUGUGGAAUGUGAACGGACAGCCCCUGGCCAGCAUCACCACAGCCUGGGGCCCAGAAGGAGCCAUAACCUGCUGCUACGUGGUAGAGGGGCCAGCAUGGGGCACAAGCCAUGUCAUCAUCACUGGGAGUCAAGACGGCAUGGUCCGGAUCUGGAAGACUGAAGAUGUAAAGCUGUCGGUUCCUGGGCAGGCAGCCCCAGAAGCACCUUCGCCUCAGCCUCCCAGUCCAAGCGGUCACAAAUGGGAGAAGAAUCUUGCCCUGUGCCGAGAGCUGGAUAUUAGCAUGGCCCUGACAGGGAAGCACAGCAAGGCCAGCCCUGCCGUGACAGCUCUGGCUGUGUCCAGAAAUCAGACCAAACUGCUGGUCGGCGAUGAGAAAGGAAGAAUAUUCUGCUGGUCUGCAGAAGGAUAGGAAGAAAGAGAUGCAGAAGCUCUGGCUUAUCAGCCCUGGGCCCUGAGGGCUGCAGCACCAGGGGAAAAUGGUUGUCCGGGCUCCGCUCCCCAUGGCCUUUGACCUCCAAACCCUGAAUCCUUUCCUCACAUGGUGCAGAGACUUGGAUUGUAUGAAGAUGCAGUCUGCACAGGGGGAACUCCCAGAAGCAUGCUGGAAAUCUUGACUCCCUGAAGCUACAUCACACAUCACUCACCUUUUCAAAGGCCUAUUGCUCUGGGGGGAAAAAAAAGAAAGAAAGAAAAAGAAAAGAAAUAUGGGUCACUUACUGGGAAAUAUUGUAUUGUCUUUAUUU